GCGCCGCUGCCGUGUCCGCUGCCGGAGGAAGAGAAGGAGCCGGAGGCGCAGGGAGCGCCGGGCGGGCAGCGGCGCAGCCAUGAGCGGCGGCGAGGUGGUCUGCUCGGGCUGGCUCCGAAAGUCCCCGCCGGAGAAGAAGUUGAAACGCUACGCAUGGAAGAGAAGAUGGUUUGUGCUUCGGAGCGGCCGCUUAACGGGGGACCCAGACGUGUUGGAAUACUACAAAAAUGACCAUGCCAAGAAGCCUAUCCGUAUUAUUGACUUAAAUUUGUGUCAACAAGUGGAUGCUGGAUUAACAUUCAACAAGAAGGAGUUUGAAAACAGCUAUAUUUUUGACAUCAACACUAUAGACCGAGUUUUCUAUUUGGUAGCAGACAGUGAGGAGGAGAUGAAUAAGUGGGUUCGAUGUAUCUGUGAUAUCUGUGGGUUCAACCCUACAGAUGAGGAUGCUGUGAAGCCACCAGUUAGCUCUCUACAACCAUCUGCUGAGUUACCCUUGCCCAUCAGCACUUCUCCACCUUCCAUGCAAGCAGAAUCUUCCCUUCCUUCUCCCUACCGCCUUAUUAACGUCCCCCCUCUGGAGUCUUCCUCUGGUCAAGAAGAUCCUCAAGACUACUUACUGCUAAUAAACUGUCAAAGUAAAAAACCUGAACCCAUGAGAUCUCACGCUGACUCUGCAAAAUCCAGCUCUUCAGAAACAGACUGCAACGAUAACCUGCCCUGCCACAAAACCCCUGCUCCAUCAGGGAGCAAGCACGCUGUGAACGGCUUCUUCCCGCCGCAGGGCGUCUACGACUCCCCGCCUUCCCGCUCCGCGCUGACGCUGGCGGACUCCAGCCUCUACAACCUGCCUAGGAGUUACUCCCAGGAUGUUUUGCCCAAGGCAGCGUCUCCGUCUGGGACUGAGGGCGAAGGAGAGCAGCAUGUUUUCAGUACCCCGUCGGCGACGUCGUUGGACGCGCAGAUGAGGCACAUCUCCAUUAGCUACGACAUUCCCCCCACGCCCGGAGGUACUUACCAGAUCCCACGGACUUUCCCGGAGGGAACCUUGUCUCAGACUUCAAAACUGGAGACUAUCCCAGACAUCCCUCCACCUCGGCCACCCAAACCUCACCAGGCUGCGGAUCGCUCUCCCGUGGAAAGCUGCGGCAUGGGCCGCACCGCUUCCGACACGGACAGCAGUUAUUGCAUCCCGGCCGCGGGAGCGCCGCCCUCGCGCAGCAACACCAUCUCCACGGGAGACCUCAACGUCUUCCGGAAAGAAAUUAGUUCUCAAGACUGUUAUGAUAUUCCACGAACGUUUCCGAAUGACAGAUCCAAUUCAUUGGAGGGCUUCCAUAACCACUUUAAAAACAGAAGCAUGUUGACAGUGGGAAGUGUUUCAAGUGAAGAUCUAGAUGAAAAUUAUGUCCCAAUGAAUCCCAACUCUCCUCCACGACAGCAUUCCAGCAGCUUCACUGAACCCAUCCAGGAAACAAACUAUGUACCAAUGAUACCAGGCACGUUUGAUUUUCCAUUAUUUGGAAAGCAAGUCCCUCCUCCUGCUCACAUGGGUUUCAGGUCCAGCCCAAAGACCCCUCCCAGACGGUCGGUACCUGCUGCAGAGUGUGAGCCUCCGCCUGUGGAUCGGAACCUCAAGCCAGACAGAAAAGGUCAAAGUCCUAAAAUUUUAAGACCUAAACCACAUGGUUUAGAGCGAACAGAUUCACAAACCAUAGGUGACUUUACUACAAGAAGAAAGGCAAAACCAGCUCCACUAGAAAUAAAACCUCUGCCUGAAUGGGAGGAACUACAAGCUCCAGUUAGAUCUCCUAUCACCAGAAGCUUUGCAAGAGACUCCUCCAGGUUUCCCGUGUCUCCCAGACCGGAUUCAGUUCAUAGCACAACUUCCAGCAGUGACUCGCACGACAGUGAAGAGAAUUAUGUAUCCAUGAACCCAAAUCAGUCCACUGAAGACCCAAAUUUGUUUGGAAGCAACAGCCUUGAUGGAGGAAGCAGCCCUAUGGUAAAACCUAAAGGAGAUAAACAAGUGGAAUAUUUAGAUCUGGACCUAGAUUCAGGAAAGUCCACCCCACCUCGUAAGAAGAAGAGCAGUGGCUCGGGCAGCAGCGUGGCAGACGAGAGGGUCGAUUACGUCGUGGUGGACCAGCAGAAAACGCUGGCCCUGAAGAGCACGCGGGAGGCGUGGACUGACGGCAGGCAGUCCACCGAGUCCGAGACGCCCACCAAGAGCGUGAAGUGAAAACACUGCCUUGCAUCUGAAGAGCAGAAGGAAGAGAAAUUUGGAGAAUCACAGAAUCACACCACGGCGCUGUUGUUCGGCUCUGCAGCACCUGAUUGCCCAGGGUGGGAAUCGGUUCCUCACCGAAUAGGAUGGAAGCCAAAGGACACUUUGGAUAUAUCAAAGGAACUUUAAGAUCAUGGAUUGGCUCUGUGGUGUCUGGAAAAAUCACAGCCUGUAAAUAAUAUGUAAAUAAUAUUACUUAGCUUUCAGAAAACCUUUGUUCUGUAGUUAACACAUUUGUAGUAUUACUGUGUUUAUGCACUUUUUCAGUUACAAUGUUGGUUCAGGUAUUCACAGUUAGUGUACCUUAAUGCCUAAUUCAUCUGGAGAGUUCUUUUUUUCCUUACACUACUACUCCUUACAAUUUUAGGUUAAUUAAGCUACAUGUAGAUACAGAAAUUAAUAUUUGAACUUCAUUUUAACAACUCAAAAUUGAUUUUGAAGAAAUACUUUCACAAUUGAAUAAUCUACUUGAAAUGCCAAGAGACAACCGUUAGUUACAUACUUGUUUAUAUUUAAUACACACAAGAUUAUUUGGAAGUCUACAGGUUACCUUCCUAACAAAAAUUGCUGUGAGUUAAUAAUAAUGAACUGUACUGGGUUUAGACCUAAAAUCCUGGCUUAUAUGUUAGUUAUUAGUGGUGGAACUUCUAUUGUAUUUUAUUAAUGACAGUGUUCUGUGUUCAAUGGGUGAAGAUUCUGCAGGGUGGGAUCUUACACUUUCAAAGACUGAAUAAUUAAAUGUCGAGUAAGCCUGCAAACCACUGAUGGCAUGCAGUGAUAUUGUGAUCUCACACUUAUUAACAAGAAAUAACCUUUAUAUUAUUUACAGAAGGUAGAGUAUAUAAAUCAGGUACGUACCAAGCACUGUUGUGCUAAUACACUGAUCAGGUUUAGACAAUGAGCUUUAGUUUUGUACUGUUUAGAAGUUCUAAUGUCAGUUUUCAGUUCAAGAUUAAUGGGACAGUUUGACAUUCACUUUUUGUAGUACUAGCAAAAUACUGUGAUUUUGAAUUAGACAUUAAUUCAAAUGGAAAUACUAUGUUUUAACACCAUAGUGCCCUUCUUAUGAGCUCUAUUUUACUUUAAUCUCCUGCUUGGCCUUAUAUUUAAAUCCCUAUGCAACUGAUAUUUUAUAUCUCUGUUUUUAAAAAUUAGAUAAUAUACCUAAAUGAUCCCCUUGUAAACCACUUGUUGCUCUUUCCUGGUACAGGAUUUUAAGCUCUGUAUACUGUGAUCCUUUAUUUUACUAUGCCAGUUCCAAAUAAUAAUCUGCCUUGGUUUAGAAACAUUUUUUGUUAUUUGGAAGAAGAUAGAAUUCUUUAAAUACAUGAAUGAGUUAGGGUCUAGAUAGAAAACUUACUAACACUUUUGUUUUAUAUGAAUGCCCUCAAGUAAGUGGUUGGUUUCAUUUUCCUGCCCAAUUGUUUUAUUUUGUCCAGAUCAUUUGAAAGUUGAGCAUAAAGCUGCAUUGUUUUCUGGCAUGUUGGCCUUCGUACUGUGCCUAAUCUACCGUCGGUUGUUUCUCUCCCCUCACAGCCACCAUCUACAUUAUGUAAAUUAUCUUAUUCUUAACAAGGUUCUUUUUAAAUUAGUAAUAUUUUGAAUGCUUUGAAUGUUCAUUUUAAAAAAAAAGAAACUAAACACAAUGCAUUUUGAGGUGAAUUUAAAUAAUCAAGUUGUUCGGUUUUGAUGUGUAAAA